GGAACUUCAUUUUGACAUUUUCAGUACAUGCGCGAUCUUUAAAAUAGGAUACAGGCGAUCAAUAGACUGAAAAGAAUAGAAAAUCUAGAUUCAGGUCUUAUCUCUUUCGUUCAGGACUUGCACCUUUAUUGAUUCACCGUGUUCAUGAUAUCGGUGAGCGAGUUCCGGAUAACCAAUGCAAGGGAGUUUCAAGAUACAACUUAUAAACAUGGGGACAAGGGCGGCGGCUUAGUGGGACGUCGUUGAGUAGUGAACAAAGCUUUUUGUAUGUGCUAAUGCUGAGCGUGCAGGCAGAUACUAUGCAGUAUUUGACGGAACCACUCAAUAUGAAAGUCACGGCGAAGAUCCGCAGUCUCUACGACUGCCAGCUCCGACUGAUGCACAACAUACAGCCGUUGCCGUCGGGCAACGAUAUCGCGAACACUGUCAAGUAUUUCUCACAGACGCUGCUUAGUGUGCUCAAAGAUGUGCCAAGAUCUCCUCUAGAGAUGAUCCGAGAUGCGGACACGGAUGCUGACAGGAUGGCUCUCUACCCCAACCUGGAUUACAAAGGGCUGUUCAACGCUAUAUCACAGCUGGUCGAUUCUGCGCCACAUCUGCAGUAUGGAAUUCAAGCGUUCGGCCAAGCCAUCCUGCAGUGCCUAGGUUGCUUGCUCCCGUUCCUGGAGUACGACAUGAUCGACAACCUUCCCUACCUGGUGGCGUACUGCGUGGCUGUGUUCCCAGUGUCUCUGCACCAGGAGAUACUCAACCUGCUGUGCUAUUAUAUACCGCCAUUUACUAUCACACGCCGUUACUCAGGACAAGAGGAGGAAAGCCAAGCGUCACAAUCAGUUGCAGCCAUCAUCAUGAUGGUAUUCCAGCAUUCCAAUAAUCCAGCCCACCAUUGCCAGCUCCUGGAGUGCCUAAUGUCGAUGAAGCAGACGGUAGUGAAGGACGUGCUGAGUGUGAUCGCGUACGGCACGUGGGGCGCAAGACUGUCCGCCGCCAAGCUGCUGUUCUACUACUGGCCGCCGUUUGACGCCAAGCUGUUUGAUCGGAAGGGGUUGCUGUGCAAGUUUUCUAAUGACCUGGUGCCUUUCCUGUGCCAGCGCGACAUGUGUCCCAACGCGGGCACGGCCGAGGCCGCCAAGGUGUGCUACGACCACUGCAUCAGCGUCACGUUCGCGUCCGACAGCCCGCCGCCGCUCUACUUGUGCAUCGAGUGCGCUAAUGAAAUACACAGAGAGCACCCGAAUCAGCGUUUCUUCGACAUCCUACAUCCGCAACAGCAAGUGUCCAUGGUUUGUGAGAAUAAGAACUGCAGAUCUUCUGACAAGGCAGCCUACUCCAUCUGCUUUUCCAAUGAAUGCGCCAGCUACAACGGAAACCAUCCUAUAAGGUACUGCCAGCAGUGCCACGGCAACCGCCACAACAGCCGCCGCGGCGGAGACCACGUGGUGCACACGCGCCUGCCCAUCGCCUGGCAGAUGGACUCCGACAUGCAGACCAACCUGGUCGAGGCCAUCGUCAGCCUGCUGAAGGAAUCAAAGCCGAUCAACAUGGAGGACCCGGACAGUUCGUACGAGCAGCUGAAGCCGCCGCUGAGCGUGGAGUUGCCCGACCCUAUAUCAGUGGAGGAUCGACAGCUUCUAGGAAGGUACGGCGUGUGGCUGAUGGUGGGGCUGUGCACGCCGAACCCCGAGACGCCGGACGAGGUGCUCGGCCGUCUGCUCUCCGUACUCUUCCACUGGUUCCACGUCACCGCCUUCUCCUACACCGGUGAGACCGCCCGCACGGUGGAGAAGCUGAAGCUGGAGCACGUGUGCGGGUGGGUGCGGGCCGUGGCGGCGCAGCACGGCGCCGUGCUGGUGGCGUGCCUGCUGCCGCACCCGCCGCACUACACGCGCCACGCCGGCCACUGGGACAACCUCGCCUCCAAGACGCACCACCUCAAGGACGGACUCAACAGGUUGUACUGUCUCAUCCCGUACGGAAUCGUCACUCAGUCCAUCUGGGACGUGAUAAUGCCCGACUGGCUGGAGGCCAUAUGCGACGACGUGCCGGAGAAGGAACUAGUGGAAUUGAAAGUGUCUCUGGGCAAGAUCCUGGAGCCGGACGGCGUGAUGGGAGGCGUGGAUGAGAAAGGGCUGUACAAGUUCGCAGCCAUCAGGGUCACGCAGAACCCCACGCCGGAGACUGUGCUGCCGGUCUUGGAGUGGUUCCAGACGAUAUCCCUGCUGGACGUGCGGAUGCCUCUGACGCAACUGUUCGAUUUGUUCAGCCACUGCGUCGUCAACAUGCCAGAGAAGAUCGUCAAACCUCCCCCCAAUUCAACAAACCUCAAAGACUCUAAGGAGUCUCCCACCACGGCCGAGAAGGAGAAAAAGGAACGUGACGAGGAGAUGAAGCCGCAGAACCUCACCUGCUGCAUACUAAUGCUCGAUAUACUGCUCAAACAAUUGGAGCUGCAGCAGCGACGCAUCAACAUCCAGGACGUGAGCAGCGACGCCACCAAGCUGCUGCGGCUCAUGCUCAAGUCCAACCAGACCAACACCCUCGAGCAUGCUCAGUGCACGGCGGAGGGUCUGUGCUCGUACUGCGAGGCGGCGGCGCUGUGCCACCAGCUCGGGGUCCAUCUCGUGCGGACACUCGCCACACACCGGCCGCCGGACCCCUCCAUGAUGUUCCAAUCAUCCCCGGACGAGGCGUGGGCUGAGCCGUCAAGCAGACGCAGCCAGCCCGAAGAGGAGCGCGGGCGCGCGGGCGGCGCGGGCGCGGGCGCGGGCGCGGCAGGGAAGGAGGCGCGCACGCGCUCGUGGACCGCGGCGCGGUGGGCGGCGUGCUCGUGCACGUGCCGCAUGUGCGUAUGCGCAUGGCCGGCCGCUCGAUGUUCGGUUAUCGAAGCCUUUGAAAAGGAAAAAAGAAAAAAAAAUUUUUUUGAAAAAAAAAAAAGUAAUGCUAUUUUUUAUUUAAAAAUAAUGGGGUUACAUUUUGAUGUUGAUAGACUUGAAAAAAAUUUUGUCCAUUUCAUGCAACUGUCUCUUAUAAGCGACGUCGGUUCGGACUCGGGGCUGACUAAGUCGUCACCCGAUGCGCAAAUAAUGACGGCCACGGUAGAGACCAUCACGGAGCAGCUGGACAUGGCUGUGUCCCUCCCCCCCGCGGAGGCACCCACCCUCGCCACCGCGCAUACUGUCACUCUCACAGACACUGACGUCGCCACGGCCACUGCUGAUGUGUCAACUCCAAACCUUCUCGGAGACCAUGAAGCUUUGGGCGAGUCAGUUGAAGAGGAAAUGGCCAACUUCUGGCCCACUUCAGCUGGAAAGUUCCACUUCUGCAUCGACGAGUUGCCGCAGGAGUUACAGUACAUCCACCAGCUGUUGCAGGAAUUAAAGAACACUUCCCGACCAGACGUGUUGUACCAUCUCCUGCAGUGUCUCCAGGUGCUUGUGUUGAACACGGAUGCCCUGGCUGAUCAUAGAGGCUUCCUGAUCUGGUGCCAAGAGAACUUGCUAAUUGACAACCUGUGGAACGUGUGUAACGCGUCUCACUCGCACAUCUGCUCGGUGGCUGUACCGGUGUUGCUACACUGUGUGACCCUCGCCGGUGGCGCUGAUGUCCUGUGCAACCUCAUCAGGGACCAGUUCCACCACCUUGACUCCAGGGUCCGGUUCACCGCUGUGGAGAGAGUGCAAGUUAUUAUUCGAUUUAUGGACGGAUCUCCAGUGAAAACAAGCCUACCACUACAGACGGCGCUAGCGACUGCCUUCUGCUACCUGAUAUCGAGCAUGGACGACAUAAACGUGUACGUGGCUCAGCGAGCCACCCUGUACAUCGGGACUAUACAUGAUAAUGCUAUUGACCUACUCCUAUACUGCUUGGAGACUCAGUUCGACCUGGUGAUCGAGGACCGGCCGAUGAUCCUGCAGUCGAUAUACCAGCUCCACAACACGCUGAGCGACCGACGCAUCCUCACCUGGGAGUUCUUUCUCAAUCGGUUCGAAGCGCUGUUGCUGGAAGCGCAGAUCAAUGCUAAUAAGAAUAUCGAUUUCUCUAAUUUGAGAGAGCUGGUGAGCGCGGAGGCGAGCCCGGAGCGCGUGGUGUGGCGCGUGCGGCGCGCGCGGGACGCUCUCAGCGCCGCGCCCGCCGCGCACAAGUGCCCCUACAAGCGCACCAUCUCCGCGCCGCACCACACCGCGCAUGCGCCCGAACGUGAAAAAGUGUACUCACGGCAGUACUCCGCACCGUUAUUGAAACGCAAGACCUCCAGAUUCGGUCUUGGACAGUUACUCACUGCGCCACAGCCACCCGGCCACAGACCUAACAAUGAAGAAACCCCCACUACAAUGCCGAAGGUGGUAGACCUCGAGGAGGCAGACCGGGAGACCACUAACCUGCUGGUUUUCUUACUAAUGCAGUUUCUAUCAAGAUCAGACCAAGCCCAUCCGAUAGAAGACAAGCAGGCGGGCAAGACUCAGGAGCUCGUGCUGAAGCAUCUCUUCUCGCUGCUCGGGUACAAUGCAGCUGAGAAGUACUUCACCAUGUCGCCCUAUACGCUUAGACAAUCAUCGAUAUUCAACGCGUUCAUGGCAAAUCUGCCACAAGUGCUGGAUCAGAACCACGUGAUGGGUGCUAGUAUACUGGAGACUACACUCUUAGUGUUACAGUACUGCGCAGGCGCGGGCUGCAGCGUGGCGGGCGCGUCGCUGGCGCCGCUCGCGCCGCACGCGCGCCGCCACUGGCUCAUGGCGCUGCUCGUCGUGCUCUAUAAGUACCAUUAUGGGAGUGACCCAGUGUGCAACCAGAUCCAGUCACUCAUUCGUAUUGUCUUGAACACUGUGGAAGCGCAGUAUCAUCAGUGCAAGCGCAUACCGCCCAUGAUCGUCAUGCCACAACCCACGAGGACUAGAGACCCAAGCGCGGGCGGCGGUGCGGGCGGUGCGGGCGGGGGCGGGGGUGCGUGCGCGGGCGCGUGCGGCGAGGGCUCGCCGGGCGGCGCCAGUCCCGCGCCCGCGCCCGCGCCGCGCGACCGCACGCGCCGCCACGCGCGCGACCUGCCGCCGCACUGGGACGACCAGCACGACAAAUACCAGCAAUGGAGUCUUGAACAAGAAUCGUCGGAGAGCGAGCUGAUCGCCAUACCGGAGACGAGCGACAAGUCGGACACCACCGUACAUGGAAGCACUGCUCCUGGGUCAUUUGACGAGCCCUCGCAUUACGAGGACCCACCUAAAGUGGAAACACCAGCUGCUUCCACGGUACCCCCUCUAAAUAAAAUUGCUACAGUGACUUCACGGUCAGCACACCAGCUGUCCACUAGUUCAUCAGUGUCCAUCGGCAGCGACUCCUCAAACUUAAAGUCAACCCCCAUGAGUGGUCAGUCGGUGGAGAUCUGGCCCGAGCAGCUCCACGGACAGCAGACGUCGCCGCGCGCCAAGAUCCUCGGCAAGCAGAAGAGAAUUGUCGUGGGCAGCAGCACGUCCCCGGACACGGCGCCGUCGUCCAACGGCGACGGGCAGUUCGCGCAGUGGCCGCAGCCGCGCUCCCCGCCGCACCACCACGCCAAGAGCCCGUGCAAGCCGGGCGCGUCUGGCGUGUCGGGUGUGUCGGGUGUGUCGGGUGUGGCGGGCGUGUCGUACGCGUCGCCGGAGUCGCCGCUGUCGCGCAUGGAGGUUGCGUGGGCGCCGCCCAACCCGCCACAACCCCGGAAGCACCAGCCAUUCCGCAUACCACCCACCGAGAGAUUACUGCCAAUCGGUCCAAAGCCGAAUAAAGAGCCGUAUCCGGUAUUUAACGCGUUAGUGGACAGAGUGAGAGAGGCUCUGAGCUUACCCCCAGAUGAUCCCAUGGACAAGACGGAUUCCAGCCGAUCAGACCAGGAGCUCACGCCGACCCCGACGCCCACCAACCGGCCCCAAGAGUUGACCAAGAAAAUGUCCUCGGAGAGUAACAGGGGCCGUCUAUGGCGUCAAGGGGCACAGCUUGGCUCCCCGCCAGCCGUCCCGGGGCAGGGGUCACACCCACCACCGCAUCCCUCUAGGGACCGGGGAUCAGCGCCGCCGCAUCAGCAAGAGAGUGGUGGUGAAGCCAGCGGGGGCUGGUGGGAGGACGAGACGCGGCCGGGGCGCCGCGCCGCGCACGCCAACACCACGCCCCGCCCCGACACCACGCUCUGCUACCGAUGCGGUGAAUGCGGAUCGGCAGCAGAGUGGUGCAGCGACGAGGAGGUGGGUCUGUGCGUGAUCGCGCUCGCCACGUUCGUGCACCGCGAGCCCGCCGCCGCCGCGCCCAGCCUGCCGCAACUACUGCGCGCUGUGGGCAGGGUGUCGCAGGCGGGGCGCAGCCCGUGGCAGGCGGAGAGCGGCGCGCGCGUGCCGGGCAGCGCCGUGUUCGUGGCGCACCAGUUCCUGCGCUGCGUGCUGCACCGCCUCGCGCCCAACAACGUCUUCCUGCAGAUCUUCCUGCAGAGGACGCCCGAAAAACAACGCAUAAUAUUCUUCAAGAGCAUCGCCCAGGCGUUCGUGGACUUCAACGAGCUAUACCCUUGUGGACCUCUGCAGCUCGUCAUCGAGCAUCUCAACUCGAAGAAAACUUUGCCUAUUGAGCAAAUGCCGUUGAUCCUGCACAACAUCGCGAUGUACCUGGAGUGCCUGGCGCCCGAGGCGCUGGGCCCGGCGGGCGCGUGCGCGGCGCUGGUGGCGGCGCUGGACGCGUUGCUGCGCGCGCUGGCGCUGCUGCUGCCGCAGCUGGACGACGUGCUGCCGCUGCUGCGCGCCGCCACCGCCGCGCUGCGCGUGCCCGCCGCCCACCAGCACAAGAGCAUCCUCGAACCAAUCUCGAAGAUCAUCAGCUACGGCAUCCAGAACUUCGUGAUCAAGCUGUCAGUGAUAUCGGAGCUGAGCGUGGUGUGCAUGCGGGUGUUCAGCCGCGACCGCGACAAGCUGCUGGUGUGUCGCGUGCUGGUGUACGAGCUGAUGCAAGCGCUCAGGACCAAGACCACCGUGCCCGACGACAACCUGUUCAUACUGAUACAGUUUGUGCUGCAAGGUCACGGGUGCACCCUGCUCCUACCACCACAGCUGAACACAGGGGAUCUGCUAACAGCUGGACCCAGCGGGUCGGAGGCGCGGGACCUCGGCAGCGGCGCCGUGGAGUGCAUGCGGCCCCACCUGCCUGACAUGAUUGACUUACUCCAGGAUCCGCAUCUGUUGAAUAAGAUCAAGGGUUCAGUAUCAAAAUCGAUAGUAAACCGCAACCUGAUCUGUUUAAACGAGGACACAUUGGGCGCGAUCGUGAAGGGCGGUAUAGCACAGUAUGUCGCCAUGGAGCUCGCGUUGGAACACAGUCGCGGACGCGCCGAUAGGGGGCAGCAGCAAACCAACCGGCACAUGAUGCCGUGGCUCAGCGUCUCACCACCAGGGUCGCGCGAGGUGGGCGAGUGCGUGUGGCGCGUGCGCGGCGUGGCGUGGCUGGUGCUGGGCGCGCUGUGCAACGCGCGGGCGCGCGCGCCGCACGUGUGCGUGCCGCACGACGCCACGUGCCACCUCAUCGACCACGUGCAGACCAUCAUGUCGUCGUACGUGGAGCAGUGCAAGGGCCCGCAGCGCAUGAGCGCGCUGUUCCACGCCUUCCUGCUGUGCCAGCUGUGGACGCUGUACCUGGAGCGGCAGGCGGCGGGCGAGCCGCACGGCACCGCGCUGUGUGCGCUGCUCGACUUCUGGUGCAAGCUCGUGCCGGCCGUGCUGCAUCUCACGCACCACUCCACGCUGUUGGCUGAAACCGUGAACCUCCAUUUCCUGAGUCUACUAGAAUCGCUGCUGGAGUGCAACUCGACCGUGCUGACCAGGCUACUGCCGCUGUGGACGCCCAUACUAUACUCUCCGCUGUUCAAAAUGCCACGACACGUGUCGCAGCGCCUGGCGGCGUGUCGCGCGGCGCCGCCCCCCGCGGCCGAGGCAUGGGGGGCGGGGGCGCAGGGGACCGCGGGGCCUGCAGGGGGCACAGGUUCCCCAGGGGGUACAGGAGGCACACAGGAGGCGCUGGAGCGGCGCCGCCUGCACCGCCUGCUCACCAAGAUGGCACAACUAGAGAUGCAGCCACACUCCUUCUACUUCAUAUAAAUCGAUUAUAUUCUGAAGGAAAGUUGCAUCGCUAUGUCUUACUAACACUUCUGUUAAAAUUAACUCAGGAAUUAGAAACUACAACUUAUUUACUUGUAUUUGACGUUUUCUUAUCGUUUAUAACCCUGGAAAUUGCAAUAUGUAUUGUAUCUUUUCCUAAUCUGACUGAAUUAAAAGCACAAACGAAAAUAAUUUCAUUAGAAUUUAAUUUGUGUACUUUAGGUGAAAGUGGUAUACACUAUAUAUUUAUUUUGUAUCGAAACGAUACCUACCUACUCUGUAGACAUCAUGUGAAUCGGUUUUUAAAGUGAAACCAAAAUAUCAUUUUGAUUAUUGAUCUUAAUUUAUAUUGAACUCUAUGUUAUUUAAACAUAGUGGUCACAAUGGCAGAUCAAAUGACAACGUCCCGACGCUGCAAUGGAAGGCGAAAUUCGGUUAUAAUUUAAUCUAGUCCUAAUAUUAGUGCCAAAUAAGAAAUCAUGUUGCCUAAGUGUGUAUUUGUAGGUGUUUACAAAAUGUUUUUAUAGAUUUUAACGUUUUAUUAUCAAGUUUUAUGUAUCAUGUUAGAUGUGUGUCUGAAUAAAUGAUUGAUGUUGAA